ACGUACAUAUAUGUGUAGUAUAUUUAAAAUGUUAAAUAAAUAAAAAAAUAUAUACGUAUAUAAAAAACUAAAAUUUGUAUAUAGCAAAAACGUAAACUCUCUAGUUAUAACGUUAUUAUAUACUGCUACAUUAUUUUUUACCUAUAUAUUGGACGUCAGUCUGUGGUUAAUUUCAUGACAGUUGACAAAUGACACUGGACAGAUAACAGCUGCGACUUGUUUUCGCGCCUAUUUUUAUACAUGAAAAAGUAAAACUUAGUGUCUAAGUAAAAUCUUUUAUAUUGUGUUGCUAUGAAGAUUGAGAGCAAACCCCUUAGAUAUGCCCACGCUGAAGGCCACACUGAUGUGUGUUAUACCGAAGAUGGCAAACAUAUAAUAACAUGUGGACACGAUGGCGAUGUAAGAAUAUGGGUUGAUAUAGAGGAUGACGAUCCUAGUUCCCAUUGCGUUGGUGAAAGUGCUCUUGCAGUUACGUUUAAAGAGAAAAGACUCUAUGUCGCGACGGAUAACCAUGCUGUGCAAGCUUAUACUUUUCCGGCUUUUGAUAAAGACGGUAUUGUUACGAGAUUCACAGCCGUAACUCAAAUCAAGUCUACUGGAAAAAUUGAGGCCUUAGGUUGUUGUUCUGAGAACAUGGAAGCUAAAAUAUGCAAUCUGGAAGGUGGCGCUCCUCUGUUUGUAAUGAGUGAACAUAAAGGACCAGUUCUCAGUAUAGCUAUAUGCCCUCACAUGAAAUAUGCCAGUACAGCCAGUGGUGAUGGCGUCUUGAGGAUUUGGGAUAUAGACACACAAAAAAUUGUUAAGGAGAUCACAUGUGUACCUAAAAUAAACACAUUCUAUGCUGCUAAAGUUUUGUGUAGAAUGGAUUUUGAACCAUCAGAAGGAAAGUAUUUAGCUUACCCAAAUAACAGAGAGAUCAUAUUAUUGGACUGUGAAAGUUGGGGACAGCGGAUGACAUUCACACACAGUUCUAUUAAAUGUGCGGUAUCCCAGUGCCUGUUCUCACCAUGUGGAAAGUAUUUGGCCGGGAGCACUGUGGCUGGUCAAAUUGCAGUGUGGGAUAUUGAAUCUGGGUCAUGUUUGGGGAUCAUCGAGCAUCCCACUUCACAUAAUGUGUCUGCGAUGGCAUGGAAUCCUAAAGGUAAUGGUGUCUUAGCGUAUUGUGAUGUUGCUGGUCAACUAGGGACACUUGUGAACUGCUAUGGCAAAGAUAGCAAUAAACAUGAUGCAGCAGAUGAUGAUAUUGAAAUGGUGGAAAGAGUAGAUGAUGAAAUCGUAGAUGAUUUAAUAGAAAACUAUGAGAGCGAUGACGAUAACGCCAUAUCAUUGGAGAAAAUUAAGAACGAGACGAUGGGAGUAACGCGCGCGUCGUCCCGCGCCUCCUCCCGGGAGCCUGCGCCCGCGCACACGCCCGUGCCGCGCGCCGCCCCGCAGGCGCCGCUGCAGCCCGCCGCCACACCUGCGCAUCUCGAGCACAGAUACAUGUGUUGGAACGAUGUAGGCAUUGUGCGGUGCCACACUGCAGAGAACGGCGAGUCCACUAUCGACGUGGAGUUCCACGACACUAAUUUCCAUCACGGCAUACAUUUGAACAAUUAUUUGAACCACACUAUGGCCAGUUUGUCCACCAGUGUACUUGCUCUGGCAUGUGAAACUCCAAGG